AUGAGGCGGUUUUGCCGCUACCUUGAAGUAGUCCUGAACACCAGACUGCCGUUCGGCUCACACCUUCGGACGGUUGCUAAAAAAGUGCCUGAGAAUGUGACCAUCGCUCUAGGACAGCUAAUGCCAAGACUGACAAUUUGUGAAGCGCAAGCUUUUCUAUGCUUCGCCGGUAUGGUCUGA